UAUAAGCGCUGUCCAAAGCUGCAGAAAGACUGAAGACAACAUUGGUAGCUGUCAAGGUCGCCUGCUUUGCGCGAGGCUCACAGCGGUAUUGAUACGGCGGCACGACUCACAAUUCUGAAUAGCUACCCGGGUGCUCUAGUUUUCGUACGCCAAAGGACAAGCAGCCGCAACGAGCGGAUGAUACGCGACUCGGUGCCUCUCGUGCCACAGGAUGGAUGGAAAUGGCUGGCUGUUGCUGUUAUACUCGCCACGUAUGGCUACACUCAGAAAUCCGUCCAAAAGUGUGACUUUGAUGAGCAAGAAAGGAAGCAACUUACGUACUGUGCCAAAAAGCACUUCGACAGCGUGAUUCUGAGAAACCUUUCAGUGAAGGUUACUGAGAAGAUAAUUCAGGACGUGCUGCGACGUGAAAAUGUCCACACGGGCUGCCGGGAUCCAAGAGUGAUUUCGGCCAUCGAGAUGAAAGUUUUCCUCAAUUUCACGACGAACAUGCGAAAUCGAGACUUGAAGGUACUCCGAAACGGAAUAAAGAAGGACAAGACAAUGCUCCAAUUUUCUGACUGCUUUACUCACCUGUACGAGUAACAAGGAUGCACGAGCCUCAAGCCAUCACCAGAUGUUGCCACAACCAGAGCGAACAAAGCAACUUUGAGACAACGUUAGGAAUACAAUAAAUGAUUUAGUGACCAGA